AUGAGUGGAGCUGUAAAAGAAAGUGCAUUCAUACCUUUGUUAAUAUUGGUACUAUUUGUGGCGUCUAGUGUAAACUGCGCAAUUAUUUCCGAAAGCUGGUCUUCUACUAAAUUUGAAGAGUUGAUACUGAAUCACACCUGUAUAGUCAACAAUUUUGACCAAAUAUAUACUUUGGAGUAUAUUAAUUCACCAGAGUUUUGGCCACCUAACUACGAAAAUUUCAAAUGGUACAUCCGACUAUAUCCAUGUCAAGAAGGUCAUAUAUUAUUUCAGCUGUACCACAAUGAAUCCAGCACUGUCAAUGUUAACUAUACAUUAAGUGUCGGUUUCGUGGUACGAACGGAUAGCAAUGUUUUUAGAGGAGUCGAUUUUAGGAGUUUCAGUCAUUUUAUGAGCCGUCAGGAAGUGUUCAACCAUAUUCAACCCAACGGCGAUCUCCUGAUAAACUGCGAAAUUCGUAAACCUAUAAAAGUUUUGAUUUCUACUGGUUCUGGAAGAACCAUAGACUCCUACACUUCCGCCAACAACCAAACUUGCACCAGUAAAAUCCACAACGAGUUAGCCAAUCUUCUGGAGGAUGAAAAAUACGGCAACGUCACUAUUGUCAUCGAAGGAAACAAAAUUCGAGCGCAUAGGAAUAUUCUAGCGGUUCAAAGUCCUGCGUUCGCAUCGUUACUCAUGAACAGCAGCACCAGUGCACAGAACUGCAACUGCAACUCCAGCUCCAUAGAGAUAAAAGACGUCGAAUUCGAGGUAUUCAGAAAGCUCUUAGGAUUGCAAGCCAUGUGUGGAGAAAUUCUCUGUAGUAAUUUGAAUGGGAUCAACGCCGUUGAAAUUCUUCUAAUUGCCGAUCAGCAGAACAUGCCUGAAUUGAAAUUGUGCACCAGUAAAUUUAUAGCUGUAGUUUAUGCACCAGUAAACACAAAAAUAAAUAAUGACCAAUAA